AUGUCUCGCCCUUUUGUUCUCAUUGUCGGUGCUGGCCCCAGUGGCCUACUACUAGCCCUAAUGCUAGGUAAAAAGGGCAUCCCCGUGCGCGUCCUAGAAGCUGCCGAGUCCCUCGACGAUCGUCCCCGCGCAACGCAUUACUCCCCACCAGCCGUGUAUGAGCUGCGCCGCGCUGGAAUCCUCGAGGAUAUGAAAAUCGAGGGCUCAUUUGUACCGAAUGGAGUGUGCUGGAGAAACCUUGACGGUGACUUCCUGGCUGGGAUGGCUGCCCCGGGGAGCAAAGACGCGGGCCCGACCCCGAUGAUCUGCCUUCCUUUGAAUAAGCUGAACCACGUUCUUCAAAGGCAUAUUAAUCAAUUGCCGCAUGUGGAGGUAUUUUAUUCUCAUAAAGUCAUUGGGCUAGGUCAGGAUGAAGAGAAGGCGUGGGUGGAUGUUGAAACAUCCGAUGGCGGGAAGAAAUUCGAAGCGCAAUUCAUUGUUGGAUGCGAUGGUGCCAAUAGUCAGAUUCGCCGCUCGCUGUUCGGAGAUUUGGCUUUCCCAGGGUUUACCUGGGAGCAGCAGAUUGUUGCUACGAACACAUACUACCCGUUUGAGAAGCAUGGUUUCAACCGGGAUUCUAAUUUCAUCAUCCACCCAGAACACUGGUAUAUGGCUGCACGGAUAUCAAAUGAUGGACUGUGGCGCGUCACAUACGGCGAGGUUGCAGGUCUUAGCUUUGAUGAGCUCAAGGCCAGACAGCCCUCGAAGUUUAAGGCCAUGUUACCAGGACAUCCUAAUCCUGAGAAUUACAAAAUUGUGAAUUUCAGCCCUUAUAAGGUCCACCAGCGGCUCGCUGCAAAAAUGAGGGUUGGGCGGUUCCUUUUGGCUGCUGAUGCUGCACAUUUGUGUAACCCCUUCGGAGGAUUAGGAUUGACAGGCGGAAUUGUGGAUGUGGGCGGGCUUUACGACUGUUUAGCGGGUAUAUACACAGGACAGGCCGAUGACAGCAUCCUUGACAUCUACGACAAUAUCCGCCGGUCAAAGUAUAGCAAUAUCGUGGACCCAGUGUCGAGUAGCAAUAUCCGACUGUUAUUUGAACAGGAUCCGGAAACCGCUAUGCAGGAUAGCGAGUUUUUGAAAAUGUGCAAGAAGGCAGAGACGGACCCCGAGGUCGCGGCUUUGCAGCGGAGUGGGAUGGACAGCUUACAGUAUGACUUCCAGCAGCACUAUCAGAAAUGA